AUGGCUGAUUCCCAUCAACCCACUGCCACGACCUCGACGGCUGUCGAGAUGAAGAACGACACCGCCGCCUCCAUUGAUGAGCCCCGGGACGCCGUUCCCAUGGCCGAUCUCCCCGGUGGCCCUGAACAGCCUGCCUCCUCCUCAGCCGCCGCCGCCGCUGUUGCCGUCGAGAAGACGACAGACACCACGACGACACUUCCCACAACGACACCCACAGAAGCCUCCCCAGCCGUUGCAGCACCAACAACGACCGAUACGACAACAAACCACGCCGCCGCCGCCACCACAACCGCCUCCCCUACCGAAGACACAAUCGCCGCCGCCGCCCCCACUGCCACCACACCUACGACCACAACACCUCAAUCCCCGCGCGCCGCCCGCUCCGAUUCCCUCGCCAUCGGCCCCUCGGUCGAGCACGUCCAACCCGUCACGCCCGCCCACCCCUCCGACGGCCCCGUCUGCAACAUCACGCUGCUGCUGACUACGGGCGCUCGCCACCCCUACCGCCUCGACGAGAAGUACCUCGCCAAGCGCAACGUUGCCGUUCCCGCCAAGACGGAUGAUGGCAAGAGUGACCCCUUUAGCAUCAGCGUCUACACUCUCAAGGAGCUCAUCCUCAGGGAAUGGCGCGAGGAGUGGGAUGCGAAGCCCGCGAGCCCCAGCAGCAUUCGCCUUAUUCACUUUGGCAAAUUGCUGGACGAUAAGGACCAGCUGAAGCAAUACUCUUUCAGCGCAGAGACGGCCAACGUCGUGCACAUGACGGUGCGCCCUGCGGACCUGAUUGAGGAGGAGGAACCCAAAGGCGGCAGCAAGUCGACUUCUGGUGGUCGCUUGAGCGGCCAAGGCGGUGGCUGCUGCGUUAUCCUGUAA